GAUUUAACAAGUGACGUUGAUAUUACUUUAAAUUCACCCAUUAUUAUAAAUCAGGUAGACACAGCCACAGAGAAUUUAUUGUGUGAUAGUAAUUCUACUGCAAUAGUUCAUAAGAAUCAUCUACAUGAAGGUGAUUUAACAAGAGAUAUUGAUAUUGAUUUAAAUUCAUCCAUUUCUAUAAAUCAGAUAUGCCCAGCCACAGAGAAUGUAUUGGAAGCUGAAUCUCUAGAGUAUCAUUUGCCAUCUAAUGAUGAAUUAUUCAAACUAAACAAAAAUCCUGAUAUCCUCCAAAAAUUAAACUUCAUCAAAAAACAUCCUAUCCAGCCAUCAUUCUACAACAAUAUCUAACUAGAUUUACAAAAGCUCUAUUUUAGAAAAACAUCAGAUGGCAAAAAAAUUUCACGAAAGUGGUUAUCAGUCCUCUGUAUUGAUAAUGAACUCAAAGCUUUAUACUGUCCGUUUUGUAUUGCAUUCAGUUCAUCUCCUACUACAUUUUCUAAUGGCUGUAAUAAUUUUAAACAUAUCCAUGAAGUUGUUAAAAUACAUGAAGAAUCGUUAACACACAGGCAUUCAGUAGAAGCGUAUAUUCAAUCGUCAAAUGAUAAGUCUGUUGAAUUUGGUAUUAAUAACAAUUUAAUGGCAUUAAAAAAAAGUCAAAUACAAGAUAAUAUCCAUGUUAUAAGUGAAGUUUUUGAAAUAGUUAAAUUUCUUGGUCGUCAAAAUUUACCAUUUAGAGGUCCUAGAAACUCUGAAAGUCUGUAUAAGUGGAACGAUGAAGACAAUUUAAACAAAGGCAAUUUUUUGGAGUUGGUUAAAUUUACAGCCAAACGGGAUGCUACAUUAUACAAACAUUUUAAUGCGACUAUAAAAAACAGCAAACGCAGAAAAGACAAUUUGGAAAAAAAAUCAUUAAUUUCUUGUGGCAGGGGUUCACUUGUAACUUUAUUGUCUAAAACUACUGUGAAUAAAGUUAUUUUAUCUAUCGUGAAAUCGAUAAGAGAUAGAAUUAAAUUAGAAUUAGGUGAACAAAAUUUUAGUUUACAGAUUGAUAGUACACAAGAUAUUGGUGUUGUAGAUCAGGCAGCAGUAUGCAUCCGGUACAUUUAUGAAGGAGAAGUAAAAGAAAGGUUAUUUGCUUUAUUAAAAGUUGUCGAUUCAUCAGGAAAUGGCUACUAUGAUAUGUUAAAAAAACUUUUUUCUGAACAUUCCAUUAAUUUUAAUCAUAUUAUUGGUGAAUCAUUUGAUGGAGCAGCUAAUAUGAGAGGGGAGUAUUCAGGACUACAAUCUAAAAUUAAAAGUCAAGAAAAUCAAAAAAGUGUUUAUAUAUGGUGCUAUAGUCAUGUGCUUAACUUAUGUGUAUGUGAUACUUGUAAAGGCGUAGAAGCUAAAAAACUGUUUGGAUUUUUGAAUCGACUAUCAACAUUUUUUAGUGAUUCUUAUAAACGUAUGCACAUAUGGUUAAGUGAAAUUGAUUCAAGUUUGGGGUCUAAUAAAUUGAAAAAACUUCAAAAAAUAGGAGAAAACAAUACGCGAUGGUGGUCGCGAGAAAAAGCACUGUUUUGGAUUUUUGAUGGUGAUAAAUGUCUUUUUCCUACAGUUGUAAGUGUUUUGCAUCAUAUUUCUAUUUCUAGAAAUUUUGAACCUAAAGUUUGUUCAGAAGCAUCUUCUUUAUUAGAUAAUUUAUGUAAUUUUAAAAUAAUUCUCACAGCUCAUAUAUUUUUGAAUAUCUUUAAAAUUAUUGGGCCAACGUCACGUUAUCUUCAGACAAGAGGUAUGGAUUUAUUAUCAGCUUGGAGUAUGGUAGAUUCUGUUAAACAAGAAAUUGGACAUUUAACCUUUGACAAUAUUUUAGAAAAUUCUGUACAUUUUUCCAACAAUAUGAAUGACUUACUUAAUAGUAUGAAUCUUCCGGAUGAUUUAUUAGUACCAAGUACUUUACCUAUUACUAGGCAAAGCGGAAAAAAAAAAGAAUGUAUGAUGAGCUAUGUGCAGACGAAACACCAGAGUUAACAUUAGACAAGUUUAGAGUUGAAACUUUUCAAUCAAUAGUUGAUCACAUUAAUAAUAGUUUAAAUGAACGCUUCACCGACAACAAUCAAUUGAUAGCGGAUGUUCAAUACUUGAUACCUAAAAAUUUUAAACAAAUUGAACAAAUGCUAAACAAAGCUUUAAAACACUUGGCCAAUUUAGCAAAUUUAGAUCACAUACAACUUUGCUUAGAACUAAAUAAUUUUUCUAAAAUGUAUCCCAAGUUAAAAAUGUCUACAACAGAAAGAACUAAACAAAUAUACCGUCAAUUUGAUACUGAUUCAGAUGAAAACACAGAUAAUGAUGAAGAAAAUAUGAAUUAUGAUGCAGCAUUUUCUUGUAACAACAAAAACAGCAUACAUGAUACUAACAAUUGUUUACAAUGUGUAUACAAACUUGUAUACAAUUUAAACAUGCAUGUCUCGGCUUAUACUCAACUAUGUGCUUCAUAUCAGUUUUUUCUUACUUUGUCAGUCACCGAAGUCAACUGCGAAAGGACAUUCAGCAAACUUAAGCUUGUUAAAACAAGACUCAGAGCCAAUAUAAGUCAAGAUAAUUUAGAAGCACUCUUAAUUAUGAGUGUUGAAAAACAAUUACUCAAUGAAAUUGAAAUUUCAAAUGUCAUUGAAUAUUUAAAAGCUAGUUCUACAGUAAUGACUAAAAUGUUUUCAAUAUAAAAUUGUCAUUUAAGUUUUGUUUUAUAUAAUUUAAGUAUUUUCUUAACUAUAAUAAAUAAUAAUGCAUUAAUUUGUAUGGAUUAUGAUUCUUCUUCUUCAUUCUCUGGCAUGACUACUCUCUAAGAGAUUUUACUGACAUUACUAAACUUUGCCACCUAUCUCAAUCUAUGAAUUAUAUUAUAUGAAAAAAAUUGUUUUGAGUCUAAUUGUUGAUUAUCAUGUUUUUUAAUGUUGAAACUAGACCCAAGGUAUCAGUAUGUAACAUAACACAUA